AGGGUUGGAUCGAUUGAGUGUUGUAUCUGUGUACAGAGGCAGCAGCACGGUACGCGGUCUGAGCUGAGCUAGCUGGUUGAGUGCUCGGCCAUGCAUGUGCGGAGGUAGUUCUGCGGUACGUCUAGGGUGCAAACAGGGUCUAGUCUUGUCGGGGCUGGGUGUCAAUUGCAGAGACCGGUUAUAUUUUCUCCUUGACGGUGAUCCGGAUUAUGCGACACGACGGUGGGUUACAGAUGGCGUCCGCUGGAGUUGACAACAGAUCAUGGCAAAAAGAUGCUGCUGACCAGAACUUUGACUACAUGUUCAAAUUGCUGAUCAUCGGCAACAGCAGCGUAGGCAAGACUUCGUUUCUCUUCCGGUACGCAGACGAUUCCUUCACGUCGGCGUUUGUCAGUACGGUGGGCAUUGAUUUCAAAGUCAAGACAGUCUUCAGAUCAGAUAAGAGAGUCAAACUUCAAAUAUGGGACACAGCAGGGCAGGAGAGGUACAGAACCAUCACAACAGCUUACUACAGAGGUGCCAUGGGUUUCAUUUUAAUGUACGACGUCACAAAUGAAGAAUCGUUUAACAGCGUUCAAGAUUGGUGCACACAAAUCAAGACGUACUCAUGGGACAAUGCGCAAGUUAUCCUCGUCGGCAACAAAUGCGACAUGGAAGACGAGAGAGUCAUCGCGACGGAGAAAGGGAAGUCAUUGGCAGACCAACUCGGGCUGGAAUUUUUUGAGACGAGUGCCAAGGAGAACAUCAACGUCAAGCAGACAUUUGAGCGGCUGGUUGACAUCAUCUGCGACAAGAUGUCGGAGAGCAUCGAUACGGAUCAGAGCAUGCGGCCGGCCACCACCAUCACACCGACCGAUCCCGGCCAGACUCCAUCGAAUACGUCCUGCGGCUGCUGAUUGCCUGGUCUUGUCAUGGUGUUGGGUAGUUCAGUGAAGUUCCUUUCUCAGACUCGUAGAUGCAUCAACCCAGACUCCGGAUACUGACAGGAGAAAGGAAAGACGUAGGCAGCCCUUGAACUGAAACAUGACACCCCCCACCCUAAGCUAUUUAUCCCCUCUGCACGCUCUGUGCAUCCAGUAAGUACUAAAUCCUUGUUGCCGCCAUCAUUGCAGCGUGAACAUCCACGGCAGAGAACAGAAGAAAUCUCCAGGUUUUUCUUUGGGCGUCACAAAUAGGAGACCUGUCAAAUGAAAUAGCAACUGCCACUCCCAGCCUCCUUGGCCAGUCUGUAAACAAGUAAUUAUUUUUAAUGGGGAAGAAGGAAGGACAAAAAAUUGACUAAAUAUAAACUACAAGACAGUAAUUUGAUUUUUUUAAUCCAAAAAGUGGAAGGACACAUUUUAAUAAAUUUUAUUUGAAAUGAAAUUACCUUUUCUUGUCCUUGUGCACAAGUUGGAUGCACAAAUUUAUUAUCUCAAUUAACGUUGCCUAUUUGUAUCUUUGUUGCUGGAGGCCCACUAGGAGAAUCAAAACUGCAGACACAGAUGUAUUGACUUGAAAUGUCAGACAAAUUGGGAGGAAAAUCAUUGCAGAGAGUGGCGAUGAAGAUUUUCAAUCCUUUGUCAAAAGUUAAGACAUGACUAACAGUAAUUAAAUACUUCAGCGUCUCCAUCUGCCAGUAGAUUGUCCGAUAUGAAGGUGAAUUUUUUUCUUCUUUUUGACGCGGAAAAUGAAAUUCUGACGUUUGGGCUGGUGUCGUGUUUGCAGCCAUUUUACAGGGUUUUCCUCACUAUUUGACGUUUGUGUUGGUAAAAAUUACAAAAUUACUUGACAUCUCAUUCACAAUUUCCUAUCAUUUGGAAGAAAUUGCAGUGCAGCAAAUGUUAAGUAUUCAUGUGAUUUGCGUCGCGAUAUUUAUUACAUUUAUGGCUGUGACUAUCAAGAAGCACCUGAAACAGAUAUUUAAAAUUUUAAAUAAAAAUUGUCAGCAAAUGAUUUUAAAUAAAGUGCAAGUGGCAAAACUUUGUUAGCUGUUUAUUUAAUAUCUUGAUGAAACUGUUGAAUUACUGCUGAAACACAAAAAUCAGGUGAAAGCAAAUUUGUUUUCGAAAUGUUGGGAUUGGACAUUGUUAGACUCUUCUGUUGACUCUUGCUUAAAGGGUCCCCAGAGGGCACUGUCAGAUUUGAUUGGUCGCUAUGUGUUCUGAUGAUUCGUGUGUCAGAGGUGAAUAUGUUUGUAGGCAGAUGCUGUGGAUAUAAACGAUGUGACAAAUGGUUGCAAAUUAGUGUUUUAUUUUGAAAACUUCUCAUGUGCAAAAACACACAAGUUUAAAGUACACAGAAAACUGUAAAAUUAAGUUUAAAUUUUCACUGUUUGACGGUGGUCAAAAUGAGGCAUUGGGGCCAUCAUGUGGCACAUCAUUUAUAUCUCAGAGAAUGUUCACAUUGCAUUUGUACAUCCGUGUACAAGUCGUUUAUUGGGUUUCUUGGCCCUAGGCUGUGCUUUCAUUCAGAACUUUAAACAUGUUAAAAAUCCAUUGCUGUAAAUUAACAUUAAAAGGAAAAGGUUUUUAAAGUGAGACCUCUGAGACACUUGGUGGUGGCAGACACAGCAGUCCUACAAUGCCACGCUAGUAUUGUUUGUGUCCUGGGUGAAUUCAUGUUCACAUGCUCAAACCAACGCAAACAGUGGCGGAAUUUUUGAGUGGGACCAGUGUGUUUUCCACCACCAAGUAUCUUAAAAAUCUUCCAAUAGAUAAUCUAUCUCAGCCUAGUUCCCAAAUCUGCCGGCUGAGGUAGAGUUGCCCUGUAGACAUCUCACAAGUACUUCAUGUGCAUGUUACGUUCAUGCGCAUGUUACGUUCAUGCGCAUGCAUUGUUUAAUCUGAAGGGAGCUCCAGACUUUGGAAUAAACAUAACAGUCGUGCAAUGGAUAGUUAACAUGUCUUAUAAAUUACUUCUAAAAAAAAGGAUAAAAAUACUAAAAAAAAGUGGAGGUUAUGUAUUCAAAGAGAGAGAGAAAAGUAGCAACAGUUUGAUAUUAAAACCAGGGUUAGAGGAGCGUGUUUAAAUUUCAAAAUCGUAUUGAAGGCAAUAUAUUAACAAGUUUUAGGUAUAUGGACAAGAUUAGUUUAGCAUUCUUUGUCUAAUACACAUGUACGUACUAUAUAAUAUAUCCUUUUUGAUGAAUAUGUGCACGUUAGUCUAACACCAGACCCUCCCUAACAAUUAAUGACAAAAUGUUCUGCUGUUAGCUAUUUGUAACAUCUUGGAUUCAGAAAUAUUUGUGAAAAUUUUGUCACUCUCAGAAAGAUUCUUUUUUUGAAAAAAACUAUUUCCAUUGCCAUUGAUAAAAAAGGUAAAAGCUCUUUAAAAGUGCACCUACUUUUUGGAAGGUUGGAAUGCCAGUCCAGACUGUUGGAGAGCUUUCAAGAAACUUUAAUUAUUUCUUUGUGGUGUUGGGUGCAUGGCCAAUUAAAGCCAAUUUAGAGUGUAGUGUUACAAACAAUACUGUAAUCAUGACAAAAGAGACUUGAAAGAAAACGUUGCUGCUAAUUUUUGGUGGAAUUUGAUUGUAACAGUGUCUGCUAUCAAAUGACUUGUAUGAAGCCUUAUCUCAAAACUUGGAUCCAGUACUGACAGCAGCUCCAACACCAUUUUUGAAAGAUGGACUUUGGCUUCAGGUGUCGGGCUCUUGGUGCUUGUGUCGGUACACAUGUAGGAAGGCGUGUUUUAGAUCAUGCCUCUCACAACCAAGGAAAGGGCAUGGAGCUUAAUUGAAUGACUCUAUGGUUUGAAAUUUGGCCAGUGGAUGAGCCCACACCCAGCAUGGUAUAAUUUAGUCUGGUACUUGCAGUUACCAACCAAAUGCAUAUUUGCAUCACUUGUUCAAGGCGUAUGACUGAGAUGGUGGACGAAUGGUAACCAGUUGUUAUUUUUACUGCAUGAAUCAGAUGUAGAUGCACUUUAUCAAGUUUUCUUACAUUCCCAACGAUGUUGCUAGCUUGUUUAUGUAGGUAGCUGGUUGUGUCAGCGUAUGUGACAUACAUGUAAAAUAUCCUUUAAUUGAACUGAAAAAAAAAAUCCCAAACUUAACAUGCUGCAUGGUUGCAUUUUAGUGAACAUAAUCAUGCCAAACAAAUUGUUUUUAAUUCCAAGUUCCAACUAUUGUAGAUCUUGUCGUGAUAAAUUCCAAGCAUUUGGUGUUCCUGACAUGGAACUGUUUGGAGUUCCAUCCAUAUUGUUGGCACUUCUUGCAUUCACUUGAAAGAAAAGUUGACGAGUCUCGUAUGGCUUUCGGUUUCAGACAAUUGAUGGAAAUGGCUCUAUUAAAAGAGGGUGUAGUCUUGAAUCCAGACAUACUGUUGGGGUUAAGAGCUGGACGCUGCUGAUAGGGCAAACUGAUACACAGCAAACCAUCUGCUGUGUUAUAAUUACAGUGUCUUGACUCAAGUCUAGGCACAGUACAUGUACAUUGCACAUGCUGGCCAGGGUAGGUUCAAAUGUUAUGUACUUGAACAGAUACCCAGCAGGAUAUACCAGACAAGAUAUUGGACGGAGGGGUGCCCGCCUUACCCUGUACACACUGUAGACUAUUGUUACCCAACACAUCCCCCUAGAAGUCUGUAAAGAAUUCCUGAGAUUCCGAUCAAACAAUGACCAACAUAAAGGCAGGGGGGUUCUCUCUGUCCCAUAUCUUGUUUCAAAUGUACCACGAUAUAUGGUAAAGGGCCCCCCAAUGUGAUGUGCAAGCUGCCUACUGCAACCCCCUUGGAAAUCUGAAAGGAAUUCCAUCAACACAAAAGAAGACACAAUAGAAGGGGUCCCCCUUUGCCGCAUAUCAUAUGGACAGUCAGGUGUGAACAGGUAUGCAUGCAAGAACUGAAAAAUUCUAGUAUUGUUCCGGUAUUCGAAUCUGAACGACAAGGACUCUUUCAAGCUCUACGAAUGCUUUGAAAUGUGAAUGCUUGUGAGGCCAACAAACUAUUAAAUUAUAAUUGGAAUUGUUUUCAUCGUAAAUUAUUUGUUCCGAGAAAAUAAAAACCCUUCCAGAAUAUAUAUCUUCUUGCUAGUAGUCUUUCAGUGAUGUAUAUAAACAGGUUACAUACAUGUACACAUGGUAUGGCUAUACUGGUACUUGUCGAUUUGAAACUCUCACGUGCAAUGCAUGCUUCUUUUAGUGAAAAGUCUCGUGCACUAUCAUUCCGCCGAUGAUAAACUGAACAGUUUCCUCUGUAAGCGUAAUAUCCAGGUAGACAUGCUGCAACAAGUCGAUUACAUUUUCCCAACUGAUAAUUUCACUGCCAAGCAAAUUCCAAGGUUUGUUUGAAAUAUGCUUCUAGUAUAGACCAAGUUGGUGUUGUGAACACAUUCCAGUUUUCAAUUGUUUUCAAAUCUGAUAUUUUCCUCUUCAAACAAUAUUGUGUGUAUAUAUACCGCCCAUUAUCACAGUUAAUAACAAUCUCUGUGGAACAGAAUAAGCCAAAUAAUUUAUAACGUUGUGGCAUGCUUGUCAUGUUCUGAACUUUGUAUUCCAAUCUUGCUGUACCACCACGUAAAGGUAAAUGAAUCAGAACCGAAAGAAAUGUAUUUAUAUUUACGUUAAUUUAAGAAUCUCCAAAAUUAAUUUGAGUUAUUCCAUGUUUUAUUUCCUCAGUAGUUAUGCUUUAUUCUUUGCAGACACUGUCCUAUUUAUGUUAGAUUUUCCAUGUUACUUCUAACUUAUUCUCUUGCAGAUUGGGAAUAGGGUGUUAUAAUAUGGCUCUAGUUCUCUGGUGCAGUAAUCUGUAUAUUGUUGCGUGGUGAUGAUAUAAUAAAGAUAUUCAUGUGAAUAGUCAGUUGAAUUUCA